AUGACUGUGACGGACGCGGAGGCCGCUUCCAGGAAGGAAGAGAUCUCCCACAGCCACCUGUACAAGGUCACGGGACUGUCCUCAUCGAAUUUGGAGAAAUUAGCUCAAGAGCCAGAGUCAGAUUUCGAAGAAGCAAUAUCAGCGACAGGCUAUGGUUGGUUCAACGUGGUGCUGCUCCUCUGUACCCUGCCAGCCUUCUGGAGCGCGGUGUCCAUCACCAGCGCAGCCUCCUACAUCUUCACCAGAGCUCAGUGCGACAUGGAACUACGUCUCCACGACCUGGGCACCGUCACCGCUAUGUCUUAUAUCGGAAUGAUCAGUUCGGCCAUGGUGUGGGGCUACGUUUCCGACACCCUGGGCAGGAGGAGUAUCCUUGUGUGGGGUUGUCUCAGCAGCGGCCUGGUGGAAGUCGUGGCUGCCGUCAGCCAGAGCUUCACCAUGCUUCUUAUCAUGAGAUUCGCUAGCGGGUUUUUAUUCAACGGUCCGUUCGCGGUGCUAAUCUCCUACCUCGCCGAGCUCCACCGAGCUGAUCUCCGAGCUCGUGUCAUUCUCCUGUCCAGUUUCUUCUUCACGCUGGCCAACACCACCCUCCCUCUACUGGCGUGGGCUAUUAUCACCCAAGACUGGGAAUUCACACUUUUCGGAGGUGGAAUGGUUAUCCAUUCGUGGAAUAUAUUCCUGUUGGCCACGGCGAUGGUGCCGAUACUGACGGGGCUGGCAGCCAUCUGUUUGCCAGAGAGCCCCAAGUUCCUCAUGUCUAGAGGACGCAACGAUGAAGCCUUGGAAAUAUUGAAGAAAAUAUACUCCUGGAACACUGGCAGGCCCGCAGAGACAUAUCCGAUAAACCGCCUAGCCCAGGAGAAACAUCCACAACGUGGUCGCGGGCUGAAAGCGCUCCAGGGCGGCGUGGCGCAGCUCUCACCGCUGUUCCGUCCACCGCACGUCGCUUGGCUGCUGCUGAUAUGCGUCGCACACGUGUGCUGCAUGUUCGGAGCCAACACAGUUCGUCUGUGGUACCCUCAGCUGGCAGCCAUGAUAGGUUCGGAGGGUAACGCCAGCCUGUGCUCCGCCAUCGCCCCGCAGCCUCUCGUGGACGAGGCGGCAGGCUGCACGCCCAUACAGACGGACAUGCUCACCUACCUGCAGAACGCGGUGGUGGGCGCUGGAUCUGUGCUCACUUACGGUAUAGGAGGCAUGCUCAUCAAUCGAUGUGGUAAGAAGAUGGUAGCAGGUGUGUGUGGGGUAGUGGGCGCAGUUUUCGUGGGCCUACUGCCUCUCGUGGGCAGCAGUUCGUUCCCAGUGGUCGCCAUAGUCACCACAGCCCUGGCCCUCACUGCCUUGUGUUCCGCCUCUCUCUCCAGCAUCGCUGUAGACCUGUUCCCUACAUCAUUGAGAGUGAUGGCAAUGGCUGUGUUCCUCAUGAUGGGUCGUAUGGGCACCAUAUCUGGAACCAUCAUCUUUCCCGUACUCAUAGACUUUGGAUGCCUACCUCCCUUCCUGACUAUAGCUGCUGCUCUAAUGGCUUGUGGGGUGGCCUGCUUCUUUCUACCAAAAACUACUUUAAAGAGACUGGAGUAG